CAUCCGAGUGUAGCUUUUGAUAGUGCAGUAUAGGCCUACGUCCACUUUCGUUAUGCUUAGGAUGGUUCAUUUCAUCGUUUUGGGGCUAUUAUGUCUCUCAUGUACGUUAGUCAGUUGUGUGAAUAUCGCCCAAGCACGAGCAGAUCUCGCACGCGGCGGUAGAGCCGUGUGUCCGUAUUGUUGGGCGUGCGCACAUGAGUGGAAGUGCGGCCAACCUUGCCGACCAUCUUACCGUGACUUGUGUCCUUUGUGUGCUUAUCGGUUCCACUGUAGUUCGACAUGCGUAAACUUGUGUCGCACGCCUGAAACACCCGCGCCUACACCGCCACCGACGACAACACCCGAGCCCACUCCGCCACCUACGACAACACCCGAGCCAACUCCGACCACAGCGCCUCGACCUACGACUCCAGCCACUAACCCAUGCUUACCAAAUCCGUGUCCUCUUAAUGGAAACUGUCACGCCAUUGAAAACUCAGCAGGCUAUACGUGCUCUUGCCCAGAAAACGUGGAUCCUUGUAAUGAUGAUGUCAUGGAUAUUUUCAAAAGGUAUAACUAUGACAGAAAUGGCCCGUCCUUCAAUGAAGUCAUGCUGGAAAACCCCCUAGAAACCCCCGUUGUGGGCGCCAUUUACCAAUUCACGCUGAAUGAGCUUCGAUACUUCUCCGAUAUCCCAGGAAUUCACAACGGUAUGCAGGACGCUGCCCGACAUGCUCUCACAAACUACCGCUGGACAAGAACUUACGGAGCUGAUAUCGCUAAACAGUUUGGGGAUGCUCAUGAACGGAGCAACCCUAACCCAUUCAACGAGCUAGCAAUGGAUCUACACAACAACGCCAGGGGGAGAGAACUCGCGCUAGACGCGGCGAACACUAACCGAGAUGCGUUAGAGGUGAUCCGAGAAGCGUUGAUGGAUGGAACGCUACAAGUCAGGCCCAACCCAAACCAUCCCUUUAACCAGGACACUGUAUCAAAUCCUUCCUACAACGAAUAGCUGACUAUAUUACAUUUGGACUAGAUCUAAAGGGACACGAAUAUGACAUGUAAAAAACUUGCAAACAGCUUGUCAAAGCUCGGUAGAUCGGUCCAGGCACCCUCAGUCAGUAAAAUUGUUUUUACAUGGCGUUAAACAACAGUGAAAAAAAUAAGUAUCGAGCGCAUGAAGAGGAUACAGUGUAUUGUAUAUAUCAUCACAAUUCGCGCUGUGCUAAUAAGUACCCAGCUGAUAUCCAGUGUAUCCUCCAUCUCCAUCUGGAUUAACGGCUGGAUUAGUUUUAUCCAAUCAGAAUUCUUACUGGAACACAGUCUCACUGGUUACGGGCCUAACUUGCUACACCUUUGCACAAACAUGCGAUGUAAAGAACGGUGAUCUAUUCUAUAUGCAGUCCAAACAAUAAAUUAGUAUAUAAUACAGUUUGCAAGAGUACACGAUCUACAGCUGUUUUAAUUCGUGUCAAAAUUUCCCAUUGUUUCGGGGAGCGGGGG